AGCGCGGGCCGCCAGACUCGGGCGAGCCUGGAGGCACAGAGUCCAGCCUGCCCUGCCCUGUCCUGCCCGCCCAACGCGGCGCCGCGAUGUGAGACUUCCCUGGGGCCGGAGCGUCCGCAGGGCACGCCAGUUCCGCGAGCGCAGCACCCCGCGCGCUCCGCACUGUGAGGACCAAACACAGGAGAGGGACGCUCUUCUUGGACCCUAGUACCCAUCUCAGCAUCUGGCUCGCUGCCCAUCUCACAGAGAGGAAACUGAGGCAGCCGAAGCUCCAUCUUCUCUCAGGCCCUGGGUAGGGCCUGGCCACAACCUUCUCGUCCUACAUUGGGACCUGGGGUCUGGAAGUCCAGCAGGAACGAUGGCUGAGGCCAGUGUCUCCCCAUGUCCCUCAGCAGAAGACAACAUGGCAGCCAAACAGCCUCCUCCGCUCAUGAAGAAGCACAGCCAGACAGACCUUGUGAGCCGCCUGAAGACCAGGAAGAUCCUGGGCGUGGGCGGAGAGGAUGACGAUGGCGAAGUGCACCGGUCCAAGAUCAGCCAGGUCUUGGGCAACGAGAUCAAAUUUGCUGUGCGCGAGCCUCUGGGGCUCAGGGUCUGGCAGUUUCUUUCUGCUAUGAUGUUCUCCAGUGUGGCCAUCAUGGCCCUUGCCCUCCCUGACCAGCUCUACGAUGCCGUUUUUGAUGGAGCUGAGGUGACAAGCAAGACCCCCAUCCGCCUCUAUGGUGGCGCCCUCCUUAGCAUCUCCCUGAUCAUGUGGAAUGCACUCUACACAGCUGAGAAGGUUAUCAUCCGCUGGACUCUGCUCACUGAGGCUUGCUACUUCGGAGUGCAGUCGUUGGUGGUCACUGCCACACUUGCUGAGACGGGCCUCAUGUCCCUGGGGACCCUGUUGCUCCUGGGCAGCCGUCUCCUCUUUGUCAUUGUCAGCAUCUACUACUAUUACCAAGUUGGCCGGAAACCCAAGAAAGUGUAGCAGGCUGGAACCUGCCUGGGCCUGGACCUGGGCCAGAGUGGCUGGGGCUUCACUGUCUGUAGACCCCAGACAGGCCUGCAGGCGGGCAUGGUGUUCGCACCUCCCUUCCCUACCAGGCACUCCCUGGAGUCAGCUUGGACCUCCUGGGCUUCUGGGAGUGAUAAGUCAGGCCGGGGCCUCUGCACCCUGCUCCUCACCCCGUACAAGAAUAACUCCUUGCCCUGGCUUUCUUGACCUCUAGACUCUAACAGACAGUCUAGAGUAGAGGCCUGUGGUCUGGUCUGAGUCAAGGUUACUUCCUCUGCCAGGAGGCCCUUUUCUGUCUCAGAGGUUGUAUCAGCCCCAACAGCAGGUCUCAGCUUCUCUCCAUCCAGAAACACAAACACACACACACACACACACACACACAGUUUCUAGAGCCCCUACUGAGAUCAGUUAGCAAGGGGAUUGGCUGCCUCCCUUGGGCCAAGGUCCCAAUCCCCAUCCCUGACCCUCUCUUUGGCCUGCUAUAGGGUGUUCUGAUACUCUGGCUGGCUGCCUGGCCCCCAGAGCUGCAGACCUCCUUCCCAACAGGCCAGGGUUAGGCAGUACACCACAGGCCCUGGCAGGCCCUGGUACUGCCUUCUGUAGGCUCCCAGUGCAUGAGGAAUUCUGAGGGGAAGCAAAGCAGGGACAUUUCCUUGGCAUGGCCUCCAAGGCCUGCAUGGCUACACCUGGCUUCAUGCUUCCUCCAGAUCCCCUCCAGAGGCUGCCUCCAGAGGCCUAGGGGUGAAGCCCAUACCCCCCCUCCCUAAACUCUACAAUGUAAGGAGACAGAAGUGGGUCUGCCCUUCCUUAGCACCCUGAUUGUGGGCCUCUAGAGCUGAAGACAUGCCCCUGCUGCCACCAGCCUGUGUGGCCCCUCCCCUUAGUCCCAGCUCCCAGCACCCCCCUUCCCUUGAGCAGCAAGCACACUAAAUAAGAGAUGUGGCCUGAGGCCUGCCUCUGUCCCUUCUGCAAAGGGGGGGAGUCCCCCAUGUCUGGGGAAUCUUUCUCCAGGGCACCUGGGCUCACAGCCUCCCUGAGUUCAGUUGGCCCUGCAGCCAAGUGCCCCAUGACAAUGGCCUAUGCCCAGUGGAGAGGACUCCAGGGAAGUUUCAGUGGAAGACAUGCCCAGCAGUGGUCCAGGCCGCUUCUGUGACCAUGGCCUGGCAGGGUGGUGAGGACCUGUGCUUUCAAGAAGGGCCCACUGUGCGCACCUGCCUCCUGUUGCUGGCUUUGUGCCAGAUCCCCAGUCCCACCUCUUGACAGAGAGCACGGGCCCAGCCACUGCCAACUCUCAGUGAAUCCCCAGCUGCUGUAGACCAGGUGAAAUGUGACUGUCCUCAGCGGUGGUAGGGAUUCAUCCUCUUGCGUCCUCUGCCAAUGCAGAUAGAGUCCCAGGGGAGGUAGUCAUGGAAGUCACAGAUGCCAGCCAUGCUCAGCCUGCGGGUACAUCUGCCAGUCUUCCCCUUGGCGCCAGGAGGUGACAGGGCCUGCCCCGGGAGUGGUAGCCAGGUUGCCCUGUUUAAACUGCAUUGAUAACUUCAGAUGGGGCGGGGUCAAGGCCAGACCAAGGCUGGCAUACAGACACCUGUGGCCUUCAGGAGACACUAAGCUUGGAAGAAGGCAGCAAUGGAGAUGGGAACCCCAUGCUGAAUCCAAGCUCAAGGUGACCUGGCUGCCCCCAGCUCCUCGUCAUGCUUCUGCCUUGGCCCUCAAGACUGCCCCUGCCAUGGUCACUAUUUAUUCCUCAGUCCUUUCUCAUUUUGUAAGAAACAGUCACAAAAAUAAAAUGAUAAUAAUAAUUAAAAAACAGUGGGAAACGA